AUGUGGAAUGAGGUGUGGUGUGGUAGCAUUGUGAAACGGAGGGAUAACAUCGGCACAACCUAACAUUACUAGCUUUUACCUGUACAUGAAUCAAUUACACACGUUAUGGGAAAGUGUCACGAAUGAUGAGUCAAGCGAAGAAGCCCAUCGGGCACAUUGAUAUGGCUAAUACUGACCUAGAGAGCAGCAUGCCAUACGUUUCAACACUGAUGUUCUCCUUAUUCAGUUCUUUGUCCUCUUUUUGAGGUGUAAUUGGACCAGCAAUUAAUCACAAACAACAACAUAGCCGACAAACAAAAAGACUCAGUAAAAACCAUUCGUAUCAGUUUGCUUAGUUGUGCAGCAGUUAGUAUACUAUAGUUUCUCUCUUUACGCCGUCUCUUUACACAUACAACAGGAGCUGCUAUGGUGUCGUUCAUGUCAGUCUAACCCUCUACUUCCUCUACUUCCUCUCCUCGCUCUAGGUGAGGACAGCAGCCCAGAGAACCUGCUCCUUCAUGGGCCUUUCUCUCGCAAGCCGAAGCGCAUCCGGACAGCCUUCUCCCCCUCGCAGCUCCUCAGGCUGGAGAGGGCCUUUGAGAAGAACCACUAUGUGGUGGGAGCAGAGCGGAAGCAGCUCGCCAGCGGCCUCUGCCUCACAGAGACACAGGUGAGUGUGAGGGGGACUCAGCGAUCUUGAACGCACCCUAAACCCCUAGGGCCUAAAAGCCAAUUUGUGCUUGAUCCGUAAAUGUGGAGCCUCUGGAGGCCAAAUCGAGCUCCGUACCACAUCGUCGUGCUCCUCGGAGGGCUCCGUAUAGCUCUACAUUAACAUGAUUGGUUGACGGUCGGUGGGCGCGGGAGGUCCAGUAUGAACACAAACUCACUUCCUUCACAACUUCCUUCACAACAGCUCUGCUCAGCGAAGCGCAGGACGUAUACAUGCCCUGACUUUAGAGGUCGUAUCACAGUAAAUGCUGUAGGGCCACUGCAGAAGUCGGAUUUACCAUGCAGAAGCCUUUAAGGCAUGGCCGCAUUCCAGAGCACUGAAACAGGGGAUAUGAGUAGACUCGUAAGUCAGAACUCCACAACACCCCCUCAACCAACAUAUAGCAAAAUCAGGUUUCUCAACCACAAGUUUUGUCCUACAGUAGCUAUCGGGAUGGGCAAGGUGAUGCCAAUAAAUUAUGUAGUUAAUUUCACUAUUAUUAUUUAUGACUUCAUUUCCCUAAUAAACAUCAGAAACACGCUGCUGAUCAACGGCAAUUUAGGCUUUUUACAAUCAUCUCAUGCAAUAUAUCAUACAUUGAACUUUUAAUUUCAAAGGAAUUAGACCAAUAAUUUAAUCAAGCUUGUAAAUGUGAUGUAAAAAUGCCAACCAGACAAUGCCUGAAAAAUGAUAUAGAAAUAUGUUGCUAUUUGCAAACAGCUGUAAAGAACGAAAGUAUGUGAAUUUUUAAUUUUUAUUUUAUUUCACCUUUAUUUAACCAGGUAAGCCAGUUGAGAACAUGUUCUCAUUUACAACUGCGACCUGGAAGCCUUAGGCAAGGCAAUGUUUGGCAGUACUAUAGAAGAAAUAUGGAAGCAAUAACAGUUUUACACCAUGUGAAAUAUUGUGUUGGUAUUAUUGCUAUUACACUUUGGAAAAAGCUUUGCUUAAAAAUCAUACAUGCAGACACUUCUAUAACUAGUAAAGGUACAUUUACUGAAGAAAAUGUGUGUGCUUGCUUCAGCUGUCUCAAAGUUUUUUCAUGGAAGUGGAAGAACGAGUAGUAGUAGUUUUUACAGCAAGCACAUAUAUAUAUUUUUUGCCAAUGUUUCUUCCAGUACUAAACGACGUCUCUCCUUACUCUCUCCCAGGUAAAGGUUUGGUUCCAGAACAGGAGGACGAAGCACAAGAGACAGAAGCUGGAGGAAGAGUCACCGGAGGCUCAGCAGAAGAGGAAAGGAAGCCAGCACAUCAGCCGCUGGAGGGUGGCUACUCAGCAGGGCAGUAGCCCCGAGGACAUCGACGUCAUCUCAGAGGACUGA